AACAAAAUUCGAAAGAAAAGCCCAGGGACACAUGGUGACGGUUGAGAGCGCGUCACCUGGCGCCCUCUAAGUCCACCCUAUGGUUGGGAGGCUCUCGAAGGACUCAACUAGUUGCUCUCGAAGAAAAGAGAUAAACAUAUGUGCUAAUGGGCCGCGCCAGUGGCUAGCCCAUGUAGAGAAGCUUCAGCGGCCCAAGCCCAAUAAAGCCCCGUGCCGCCGGUCCGGCUCUCCAACCCGUCGCCCACGCCGCCUGCCGCGGCAGCCGUCAGGCAGGCAGCUCUUGAUUCUCUCGAGGGCACCUGGCUGGCGGCUCCAACUACCGGAGCUCCCUCGCCGUCCGUUAGGCUCUCCCGCCGUCACCCACCACCACCAUCUCCCUCCCUGCUUUGCGUUCUCUCCUCUUACCAUCUCCACAAUCGUCCCGACCAAGCGUACAGAGCUGGCGAUGGACUUCUCCGUCGAGGAUGGCAAAAGGCUAUGGUCGCUUGUUCGGAAGCAGGAGGUCCUGGUCGACAAGAAACGAAGGUGGUUGGAGUCGAUGACUCCCAAAUCGGAUGGCUGCAACACACGACUGAAGCGACCAAAGUUCUUGGCUGAUGCGUUCUUGGCUGAAUCAGAUAUAAGGAGUGAUGAAGUGUCUUGCGAAAAGGUGACAGCCAGUGUUGCAAAAAGCUAUGGUCUGCAGCGCGGUGGCCACAACCAUCACUUGGUUCAGGAUGGUCUCAGGCUUCUUAACUUACCAAGAGGGGAAGAUGGCUCACUGAGUCCAGAAAGUCUGAACAUUAUGCAUAGCACAAUCAAUAAGUUAAGCAAUGGAGCACUUCAAUCAGUGGCUAAAAUCAUCAGCCGCACCAAGUGUAGUUUUAAUAAGACUAGACCACUGUUAAGAGAAAUUGUAACAUACCAUCUUCCGUGUUACUUAGCCAAGUUGGAUCAUGAAGAUGUCAUCAUGUCUGAGUUGUCUGAAAUUUUGAUAAAUCCUGGCAGCUACCAAUCUGAUUCGUUGAGCCUUGUCACACCUGUGUCACCACUGCUUCUGUCAUCUAUCAACCAAGCUUUGGAUAGACUUGAUGGGAUUCCUGACCAAGCUCUUGUUGCAGUGAACAGGAAACUCAUAGGAAAAACAUCUAUGCCGAAAUUCUGGCAUGUGCCUCGGUCUUCCAGUAGAGGGCAUCUUAUUGAAAUAGUGAGGAAAAGAUGCAAAAUGAUUAUAGCGCGUAUUGAGGAAGGUUACAUGCCAAAGAGAUUAGCAAAGGCCAUGUCAAUGGUGAACCUAUACUGGAAGCAGAAGUUGAGAUCCAUGGAUAUUUCUCAGUUAGAGUACUUCCCCUUUUCAAAAGAAACAGCGUCUUUGCAAAAUGAUGUCCUGAAUGCUCUUUGGUUGCUUCCGAAACUCCAGCAUGAUGACCUAAAAUUGCUGCGUCCCAUAUUGGACCCAGAUCCUAAAUUUCGAAAGAUGCAAUUUAGAGUAUCUUUGAGGAAGUACUUUAGAAUACCGCGUGCAUCUUCUACUUCCACUUCACCAUCACCUCCAUCAGGUGCCACCUCCAGCCGUGAUACAAGAAAGCAGGCACAACCACCACUCUCUGCCAAGAGCACACCUGCCGGGCCUGCGCAGAGCUCUUCUUCUUCCAUGGCAUCGACAGGGCACACAAGUGAUAUUAUUUGUCGUCGUUGUAAGGGAAGGAAGAAGAUUGCAUGUAGCAUCUUGGAGUGCACUAAUAUGAAUAAAUAA